AUGUCUUUGUCUGGAUCUGAGAAGCUGGGGGAUUCUGUUCUUGGGUGCCACUUCGGUAACAAGGCGGAGCAUACACCAAUUAAGAAGAGAAGGUUUUUAUUUAGGUCUCCAUCUCCACCACUCAGAAUCCCUUCUUCAUGCUCUGAGGAAACUGAAAGACUGCCCAAGAGUCAACAUGCUUCUGGUCAGGGGUUUCUUAUGAGUCCAAUUUCAAAUUGCCAAUCUGCAGCAUCUGCUUCUGCAGUUGACUUAGGUCAAAUUGUUGCUAGUGAUCAGACUGUUGAUGGGAAAAAGUCAGUUAAGGGAAAUGAAUUAAUUGGUGAUGAAGCCCUUUCUGGGAUAUCAAUACUUGCUGCUUUAGCCUGCAGUAACAACUUGGAAGACAUUGAGGAUGGUUCAGGAGCUGAGUCUUCUGAGCGGGAGGGCCCUGGUGAAAUUCUGAUGAAAGAUGAAGCUAAAGAAGACCUUGUGGGUUCUGUCAAGCUAUCUGCUGAAGGAAAUGGUUCCUUUAUCUCUCCAGAAGGUGCUGACACCUUGGGAAUGGAUAGUUACUCCCCAAAUGGUUUUCCACUUGAAAACAUCUCAGAGAGGACUUCCUUGCCGAAUAAUUCAGUGGCUGGAUCAGAUGGUCUUUCAAACAAGAAAGACCAGGGAACAAUUAGAACGCAUGAAUCUUGUGCACGAGGUAACAGGUUGCACUGGGACCUAAAUACAUUGAUGGAUGAAUGGGAGAGCCCUUUUGAGUGUCAUCAUUUAUCUUCAGCGCCUAAUGUUGCAGAUUGCCAGCCUGACUGCGUCGAUGAUGGGAGCCAUAGUGAUGAGAAAGAGAACCUGGAAGGUAAUGACAGAUAUGGUUCAGCCAGGAAUGUAAAAUUUAGCACCCAGACUUGUGAAACUUCCUCUUGUCAACAUCUUGUUUGUGUGGAUUCAUCUUUGGACUAUUCUGUGGCCCCCAAAGCUGAUAGGUUUACUUGCACAUCUGUAUCUAAGGAAAAUUGUAAUGCUGCAUCCACUGGUUUUGAUUUUGUGAAGAUAGGACAUGACCGAGUUGCUGAUAUACGAACAUGUGGGACUGUUUCAUCUAUUUAUCAGGUUGAGAAGCAGAAUGCUUCUGUUUGCAGUGUAGUUUUUUCAGACAAGGCUACCAGUGAGAUUGGUAAUAAUCAAAAUAAACAUGGUGGGGAUGCAAACCAAAAUUCUGGUUUGCGUGAUGAUGGGAAUGCCUUGAAGGAUAUGUCUGGUUUGGAGACUGGACACUCACUGANUCAGUGUAGUUUUUUCAGACAAGGCUACCAGUGA